CAUCAUUAUAACAUCAUGUAUCGUCUUCUGUUUGCGAUCGAUUCAAUAAUAUUGGUUCAUAAUAUCAUUGUCAUCAUACAAUGUGCAUUAUUUUUUGCCAUUUUAUCAUCUGGCUGUACAUUAUUGAAUUAUAGCCUAAUAUUACGGAUUAAUCGAAUGUUACAAAAUUUAGCUAAAUAUUGUCGUAACAUGAAAAAUAACCGUAUGAAACGAAAAUAUCGAUCAUUACCAAAGCCACAACGGUUGCAAUUAGCACGUAUUUAUCGUGAACAUGGUGAAAUCUGUAAUGAUUAUAUGAAUUCAUAUGGUGAAUUAUGGAGUAAAGCAUUACUGUUCUAUCUUAUAUUGAGCGUACCAUUUGAUGUGAUUGGAUUAUCAGUUUAUUGGUUGGAUAAAUUAAUUUGGCUUGAUCUGGCUACUGUUAAUUUGAUAUUAUCGAUUCAUGCAUUGACAACAUUAUUAUCAUUUUUGGAUCUUGCAAAACAAACAAAAGCAAUGCAUCAAACCGGUGUUUAUCUUCCAUCUAUUUUACAAUCAAUUAAUAUUCCAUUCAAUGAUUGGUCAUUAUUAUCAUUGAAAUUAAAAUUGGUUGAUUUAUUUGAUCGUUUACAAAAUGGACCAAAAUAUGGUCCAUGUAUUUUGGUGCUUGGAUCGAUAACAUAUAAAUUUAUAUUUAAUCUUUUCACCACAUAUUUUGGAAUGUUCUUUUUCGUAUUACCACGAAUAUCAUCAUCACCAUCAUCGAGUGGUCAUCAUCACAAUUAAUUAUUAUCAUUGCAGAGAUUGUGUGAGUAUUU